GUCGCAUCCUGAGAAUCGUUUUUCAUUGCCGUAUACAUUGUCAAACAGUUACGUGUUAAUAGAAUAGCUAACAAGAAGCGUUUGUGAUUUGUUCAUCUUUCUGCGUCAAGCAAAAUUGGCGCGAACUGGGCGCAAGAAUAUAUCAAGAGUAAGGGAGGGGAAAAACAAUCCCGUAGUAUUAAAGCCCACGGGAGCAGCUGUUCGAAAUCUUGCGGUAAAUGACAAGCAGCCGCUCGGGUUCUGUAGUCGCAGAAGCGCGCAGGUUGAGCGGCUCGACUCACUCCCACUCUGGAUUUACUUUUACUUGAUACUUCAGACUCACUGACAUCUGACCAUAUUGCCAGCUUCAUUCAGUUUCACCACAGCUACGGCACUCACCAUGCCGCUGAAUUCAAGUAUGGCGAGUAAAAAUUAUGAUUACGACUACGAUUCCUACCAACCCUAUUUUUAUUUCGACAACGAGGAUGAGGAUUUCUAUAACCACCAACACGGACAACCACCGGCGCCCAGUGAGGAUAUAUGGAAGAAAUUUGAACUGCUCCCCACUCCGCCUCUCUCUCCGAGCCGGCGUCCCUCUCUGCCAGACUCCUUUCCCUCCAUUGCCGACCAGCUGGAGAUGGUUUCGGAGUUUCUAGGGGACGACGUGGUCAACCACAGUUUUAUUUGCGAUGCGGACUACUCCCAGUCUUUUCUGAAGUCAAUUAUCAUUCAGGACUGUAUGUGGAGCGGGUUCUCCGCCGCAGCUAAGCUGGAGAAGGUGGUGUCGGAGAGACUAGCGUCGCUCCAGGCGGCGAGGAAAGAGUCAUCCAGGAGUGACUCUACGGACGGCUGUCGGUCCAGCCCUAACGUCAGCUACCUUCAGGACAUGAGUACCCCUACCUCGCAGUGCAUUGACCCGUCUGUAGUGUUUCCGUUUCCAUUGACUGACAGCUCAAAGCCGUGUACACCGUCGCCCACACCGACUUCCACAACACUGCCACUGGAUACUCCACCUAACAGCGGGAGUAGCAGCAGUAGCAGUAGUGACAGUGAUUCCGAUGACGAAGAGGAGGAGGAAAUCGACGUUGUCACGGUGGAGAAGAGAAAGUCUGUGAGGAAGUCUGACGCCAACGCAACGCAUCAAAGCCCCGUCGUCCUCAAGCGGUGUCACGUUAAUAUUCACCAACACAACUACGCAGCCCCCCCAUCCACGAAGAACGAGCAGCCUGCAGUCAAGAGGAUUAAAUUCGAGAGUCACAUUCGGGCGUUUAAACAAAUUAGCCACAACCGAAAAUGCGCGAGUCCCAGGACAUCGGACUCUGAGGAUAACGAUAAACGGAGGACUCAUAACGUGCUCGAGCGGCAACGGCGGAAUGAGCUCAAACUGAGUUUCUUCGCGCUGAGGGACGUAAUUCCUGACGUGGCGAACAACGAGAAAGCUGCCAAAGUGGUGAUACUCAAGAAGGCCACUGAGUGUAUAGUGAGCAUGCAAGAAGAUGAACAAAAACUGAUAUCACUUAAAGAGCAAUUAAGGAGAAAAUGUGAACAUUUGAAACAGAGACUUGAGCAGUUAAGCAGUUCUUAAGUUGCUUGGACUUAAUUCAUGGACUGAUAGUUUUAAGCAUCUUUGUGUGGUUCUGCCCAAUACAAGGUAUCAAGGGUGUGGCAAGUAGUGAACAAUCUGACAUUGAUUUAUACAAUUACACUGCCUCAGUUUGAACAUAAUGGAGGUUAUUAUUUGUAUUUAAUUUUAUUUUUUAGUAAUAAAAUGGUCUGCAGUUCCAUUUGACUGUUGGCCUUAACUUAAUGUUUUUUGUUUUUCUAUGUUUUGUACAUAUUGUUGAUUUUUCUGAAUCAUAAAAUGCAUUUCUCUAUAAAACAGUUUUUUGGCUAA